GGGGUUUUGGGAUAAUGGUACUGAUGGAUUGUGUUAGUGUUGGGUUCUUUCUGCUUAUUGUAAUUGACUUGUCGUUGUCACAGUGGUCAGGAUUUCAACAAAGCCAGGAUCCAAUAAGAUUCCAACAACAGUCACAAGUUUCAGCUUCUCUGCAAGCUGUCCAAAAUCUACAGGCUUCAGAUGCUUUUAGACCUCCUACACCAUGGAAGUUCCUUCAAGAUCCUGGAAGCACUCAAUCCAAACAGCUAAUGCAGGCUCCUGUGGCACCUUUGACCUGGCAUUUUCCAGUAUUGCCAGAAGAACCCCGGCAGCCAGAUGUUCCUUUUGAGUUGCAUGUACCUUCACCUGCACAGAGUGUUGCUGCUCAGUGUGGGGAGAGCUCUGUGCAUGUAGAGGUCAAGAAGGAUUUCUUUGGUACUGGUGAGCUGGUGAAUCCUUCAUUCCUCAAUUUAGGAGGCUGUGCAGCAGUAGGUGAGGAUCCAGAAGCUCAAGUACUUAUCUUUGAGUAUGAGCUCCAGAUGUGUGGUAGUUCUCUGACGAUGACAGACAAAGAGCUGGUCUAUUCAUUUACACUACUCUACACUCCUGAGCCUUUAGUAGGAACUCCCGUUGUCAGAACCGAUGCAGCAGCUGUUGGAAUUGAGUGUCAUUAUUCAAGGUUGCAAAAUGUAAGCAGCAAUGUGUUGAUGCCCUCUUGGUUUCCUUUUGCUGCUACAAAGGUUGAAGAGGAAGUUUUGGUGUUCUCCUUGAAGCUCAUGACUGAUGACUGGAUGUUUGAGAGGCCAUCCAAUCAGUACUUUCUAGGGCAAUUUUUAAGAGUUGAAGCUUCUGUUAAUCAGUACAACCAUGUUCCUUUGCGCUUGUUUGUGGAUGGUUGUGUGGCUACUGCAGUCCCUGAUGUGAACUCCAGUCCAAUAUAUUCCUUCAUUGAGGACCAUGGGUGCCUGGUUGAUGCUAAGCUUACGGGUUCAACUUCUAGUUUUAUGCACCGGGUUCAGGACAACAAACUGCAGUUCCAGUUGGAGACUUUCAGGUUCCAGCAAUCAGAUGGCGCUCAGGUAUAUAUCACGUGUGCUUUAAAAGCAGUUUUGGCGUCAACCCCCAUAAGUCCAGAGAACAAGGCUUGCUCCUUUGCCAAUGGGUGGCUUUCUGCUGAUGACAAUGACCAGGUGUGCACGUGCUGUGACUCCACAUGUGGCUCUAGCCGGAAAGGGCGAGCGCUGUCUGAUUCAGGCCUUAUUUCAGAAGGGAAGGCAACCAUUGGCCCCAUUGUAGUGUCUAACUAGUGUGUGGCAAAUAAAAGCUCUGAAUGUGGUACUAUG